AUGACGACGACGUGUCACAGCAUCUCCGCCCUCCUCCUGGUGAUCCUAACUGACCUUCACUUUCCUCCCCCCCCCCCAUACCUCCUUCUCUCCUCUCUAGAUGCAAGGUGUGCCGUCCCCCCCUCCUAUCAUCAUCACCAUCAUCGCACCCCGGUCCAGUCCUUCCACGCUCCCUCCUACGACCGUCCCGCUCACGAACGUCCCGCCUACAGCCGUCCGUCCUGCGACCAUCCCACCUACGACCGCCCCCCGCCCAGCCGGCCGUCCUUCGACCGCCCCUCCUUCAGCCGGCCGUCCUUCAGCCGGCCGUCCUUCGACCGUCCCUCCUUCGACCGGCCCUCCUUCAAGCUUCCCUCGCACGAGCGCCCCGCCUACGAGCGGCCCUCGCCCCAGGACCACUGGAACCCCCGUCUGCGCGUGAACGCCGGAAAUCCGAUCUACAUGUUGGACCAGGAGGAGGUUCACCCUUUGCUGAUGCGCGAGCGGCGCUCCGAGUCUCACAGGAACAAGCUACUGCGGCGGACAGUCAGCGUUCCUGUUGAGGGCCGGCAGCAUCCCGAGAUGGAUCAUCGCGCCCGGCGGAAGAGCAUAGCCACUGGGAAGCAGCCCAGCAUGGAGGUCCCUCCCACUGCCCCCAUUCAACCCUUCCGACAAUCCAGUUUCCUCAGCAGGAGGUUGAAGGGCUCCAUCAAGAGGGCCAAGAGUCAGCCCAAACUGGACCGAACCAGCAGUUUCCGCCACAUGAUCCUCCCUCGCUUCCGCAGUGCGGACCAGGACAGGACUCGCUUGAUGCAGAGCUUCAAGGAAUCCCACUCCCACGAGUCGCUGCUGUCGCCCAGCAGCGCCGCCGAGGCGCUGGACCUCGCCCUGGACGAGGACGCCAUCAUCAAGCCCGUCCACUCCAGCAUCCUGGGACAGGAGUACUGCUUUGAGGUGACUACGGCGUCGGGAACCAAGUGCUUUGCGUGUCGCUCGGCCGCAGAGAGAGACAAAUGGAUCGAGAACCUGCAGCGAGCCGUGAAGCCCAACAAGGACAACAGCCGGCGGGUGGACAAUGUGCUCAAGCUGUGGAUCAUCGAGGCCCGAGAGCUGCCGACCAAGAAGCGCUACUACUGCGAGCUGUGCCUGGACGACAUGCUGUACGCACGCACCACCAGCAAACCCCGGACCGACACCGUGUUCUGGGGCGAGCACUUCGAAUUCAACAACCUGCCGGCCGUCCGCAACCUCCGCCUUCACCUGUACAAGGAGACGGACAAGAAGAGACGCAAGGAAAAGAGCACAUACUUAGGCCUGGUGAGCAUCCCCAUCUCCAGCAUCACCGGCCGUCAGUUCGUGGAGCAGUGGUACCCGGUCAUCCAGCCCAGCGUGCUCACCAAGGGGGCCGGCGGCGGCGGCGGGAAGAUCAUCAACGCGUCCCUGCGCCUCAAGUCGCGCUUCCAGACCAUGAACAUCCUGCCCAUGGAGCUGUACAAGGAGUUCGCCGAGUACGUCACCAACAACUACCGCACGCUGUGCGCCGUGCUGGAGCCCGUGCUGAGCGUCAAGAGCAAAGAGGAAGUGGCGUGUGCGCUGGUGCACAUCCUGCAGAGCACCGGGAAGGCGAAGGACUUCCUGUCUGACAUGGCGAUGUGCGAGGUGGACAGAUUCAUCGACCGAGAACACCUUAUAUUCAGAGAGAACACUCUGGCCACCAAAGCCAUAGAAGAGUACCUCAAACUGAUCGGACAUAAGUACCUCAAGGAUGCUAUAGGGGAGUUCAUAAGGGCCUUGUAUGAGUCUGAGGAGAAUUGCGAGGUGGACCCCACGAGAACGCCGCCCUCCGUGCUCCCGGACCACCAAGCCAACCUCCGAAUGUGCUGCGAGCUGGCCCUCUGCAAGAUCGUCAACUCCCAUUGUGUUUUCCCUCGAGAGCUGAAGGAGGUGUUCGCCUCCUGGAGGGUGCGCUGCGCCGAGCGAGGUCGGGAAGACAUCGCCGACCGCCUCAUCAGCGGCUCCCUCUUCCUGCGCUUCCUGUGCCCCGCCAUCAUGUCGCCGUCGCUCUUCAACCUCACGCAGGAGUACCCCGACGAGCAGACGUCGCGCACGCUCACCCUCAUCGCCAAAGUCGUGCAGAACCUGGCGAACUUCUCCAAGUUUGGCAAUAAAGAGGAUUACAUGGUUUUCAUGAAUGAGUUCCUGGAGAUGGAGUGGGGCUCCAUGCAGCAGUUCCUUUACGAGAUCUCCAACCUGGACAGCGUGAGCAACGCGGGCGGCUUCGAGGGCUACAUCGACCUGGGCCGCGAGCUGUCCAUCCUGCACAGCCUCCUCUGGGAGGUCAUCUCUCAGCUCAGCAAGGAUGCCAUCAUCAAACUGGGGCCUCUGCCCCGCCUCCUGAACGACAUCAGCAUGGCGUUGCGCAACCCACACCUGCAGAGGCAGCCCAGCCACCAGGCCGACCGCGUGCAGCAGAGGCAGGCCGACCGGCUGCUGUCCCGGCCCAGCUUCAACAGGGGGAUCUCCUCCGAGUUCCAAAACCUCAUGACGAGGGAUCUCAACAGCUCUAUAGAUAUCACUCGCUUGCCUUCCCCCACCUCCGCCGGCGGCGUCGGCGUCAUGCCGUCCCGCCCCCAGAUGAGUUUUCAGGACCGCGAGCACCUCCAGCGAGCGUCCUCCAAAGACAUGUUUUACGUAUCGCGCCCCCCCCUGGCCCGAUCCAGCCCGGCCUACUGCACCAGCAGCUCGGACAUCACGGACCCCGACCCGAAGGAUUCCCGAUUGAACAGCGUGUCUAACCUGCAGUCGGUGGACAUGCUCACCUCCUCCCAGGCCUCCAUCGCCGGCAUGGGCAGCUUCGGAGGGCUGAGCAGCGGAGGCGGUGGCGGCCUGGGGUCGGGCCUGAGCAGCCAGCUGCGGGCCGGUGGGAGGUUGUCAGCUGGCUCUGGCGGCUCCAGCAUGUCCGGCGGCCUCCGGCUGAGCCAGCUGAGCCAGAUCGGCAACACCACCACCGACUCGCUAUCCCAGCAGCAGCAACAGCAGGCCGCCGCCAUGCGCUACCCGCUUUCCUUCCAGAAUCCCCUCUUUCACCUGGCGACGGCUGACGGGCCCCAACAGCAACAGCUGCACCACCAGCACGGCCGGGCCCAGCCGCCGGCACCGCUGCUCCUGACCCCGGAGCCCGAUCCGUCUCACCCGACCUACAUGCCGCAGUUCGCCCACGGGAGGUUCUCCCGCAGCGAGGACCUGUCCACCCUCAGGACCCGGGACGGCCACCUGGGCCAGCCCACCAUCAUCCACUCCCACAGCUACAGCGACGACUACAGCCGGGCCGAGUACGGGCGCCGGCAGAUGUCCACGCAUGUGCAGGAUAACCUCCAGCAGCAGAUGAUGGGCGUGCCCUCGCAGACGGGAACCUCCCACUCCUCGCUGGCCGCCACGCCCCCUUCCACGGUCCUGCCCGUGCGUCAGAGUCCUGCGGCCCCGCCUCCCGCCCAGCGCGUCAAGUCCCAGACGUCCCACCAGCUGUCCGUCAGCGCGGCCGCCGCGCCCGCCUCCGGCGCCGGCGCCGGCAACGCCGCUCUGGCCAAAACGCGCCCGCCCAGCGGGAACCUCCUCCAGUCGCCGGAGUCCGGCUACGGCGGCCGACAGCACGGGCCGCGGCAGCUGUCCGUCAAAGACAACACGGCUCCGGGUCUGCCCCACCAGCAGAGCUCCGUCAGGGAAAGCCAGAGUCCAGAGGGAACGACCAAUCAGAGCACUCAGCAGUCGCCACAGCAACAGCCUCAGCAGCACCUGCUCAAACCCACCAUGAGCAAACAGGGCUCCCAGGCGCCGUCCUCCCUCAACCCUCCGACCCCGGCCAACGAGCGGACGGUGGCCUGGGUGUCCAACAUGCCUCACCUGUCGGCCGACAUGGCGAGUUCGCGGAUCGACCGGGAGGAGUUCAAACUGAAGGAGUACUCAAAGAGCAUGGACGAGUCGCGCAUGGACAGGGUCAAGGAGUACGAGGAGGAGAUCAACUCCCUGAAGGACCGCCUGUCGAUGUCCCACAAGAAGCUGGAGGAGUACGAGCGGCGGCUGCUGACGCAGGAGCAGCAGACCAAUAAGAUCCUCCUUCAGUACCAGAACCGACUGGACAACAGUGAGAGGAAACUUCGGCUACAGCAAGUGGAGAAAGACUCCCAAAUUAAAGGAAUAAUUAGCAGACUCAUGGCGGUGGAGGAUGAGUUGAGGGGACCCCCCGUGAUUGAACCCAAAAUCAGGAUUUUCGCCGAUCAGGAAGACCAGCGUUCCUCCCUGGGUUCUGCAGACCCCGGUGUGAAAACUGAAGGUGGAGGGGGAGGCGGAGGAGGAAGAGGAGGAAGAGGAGGAGGAGGAGGAGGAGGAGGAGCUGUAACCGACGAUCAAGGCCUCAGAGUUCCUUCCUCGGUCAUUUCCUGCUCGCCCCACAAUGGAGUCCUCCCCCCCCAAACUGUAGACCCUCCCUCUCUGCCCACUCCUCGCCAUCAUCAGCAUCCUAGUCACAAUGGAGAGCUCCGUGGCAACCAAACAUCCUCCCCCAUGACAACCUCACAGGCCGCCGGGGGAACCACGGCAACAGCGACUACAGGCGUAGCAGAAGAAGGGGGAUCGUGA